UGUGUGUGUGAGUGUAUAGGUGUGUGUGUGUGAAAGUCAUCUAGAUAGAGUUAGAUUAAUAGAUAGACAGAAGUAUAGAUAGUUUAAAAUAGAUAGUAAAUAGAAGAGGUUUAUUGAUUUCAGGGUAGGACUUAGAAGGGUAAAGCCUCCCAGGACAAGAGGACAUGAGUCCCGAAAGGCUGAAUUCCACCUUUCUGAAAGUCAGGACACUACGAUUUAUCGCCAUUAAUGAACGACUAAGGGGGCAAACCUCUGGACUGGCCACUGGGUCGAGGUUGUUAACCCAGGGGGUUAAUGACCUCAGGGUCGUUAACCCAGGGGGUUAAUGACCUCAGGGUCAUCCCAGGAAGUAGACCGGAUCUGGGUGAUCAUCAGCCUCAGCGUGGCCUGGUGGAGCUGACUAGCACUGCUCAUGGCAGGAGGAAGCCAGGCCAUUUUCCAUGCUUUAUAAGCAGUGCUGGUAAGGGCCAUGCCCCUGACCCUAAUCCAAGCUUGUCGGUAGUGUCCAAAAGAAUCUUUCUGGGCGAAUCUGUGGUGGAAGGCCCCGAGGACAGGUGGACAUUUGUUGGGCCCAGUGGCUUGCCAAAGAAUAGCCCCAAGGCAACAGCAGGGGAGGCCCAAGGGAAAAAGAGGAUGAUGGAGUUGCUUAACAAGGCUAGAAAGCAAACAGAAAAAGCCUCAAAUCUAAUAGACAUCAGACAGCUCCCGAAGCAAGAGGUGUUUAUGAACAACACACACCCAUGCAAGAAACAUCUGAAACAACCAAGGAGCCUGGAGGAGUGGAGGCGUGGCCAUCUAGGGGGAGACAACACAGGGUUCAUACAGUCAGAAGAACCUUUCGGGUGCUGCGAAAGUCUUGCCUAGAAGAAA